AUGAUGGUGAUGAUGCCGCAGAGCGCACCUGAUGUGAUUACCAGGAAGCUUUGUUUUACGGCCUUAACAUUUCUUUAUCUGCUGUUUUGUUUUGCAGUAUUAUGUGCCAAGAAUCUUGCAAAGAAAGAUUUCUUCAGACUUCCUGACCCAUUUGCAAAAAUAGUUGUGGAUGGGUCAGGUCAGUGCCAUUCCACUGACACUGUGAAGAACACGUUGGACCCCAAAUGGAACCAGCAUUACGAUCUAUACGUCGGGAAAACAGAUUCCAUAACCAUCAGUGUAUGGAACCAUAAAAAAAUCCAUAAGAAACAGGGAGCUGGCUUCCUGGGGUGUGUCCGACUCCUCUCCAAUGCCAUCAGCAGGCUAAAAGAUACUGGAUACCAGCGUUUGGAUCUAUGCAAACUCAACCCCACGGACACCGAUGCUGUCCGAGGCCAAAUAGUGGUCAGUUUACAGACACGGGACAGAAUAGGCACAGGAGGUUCUGUAGUAGACUGCAGAGGGCUUUUGGAGAAUGAAGGAACGGUCUAUGAAGACUCCGGGCCGGGCAGGCCGCUGAGCUGUUUCCUGGAGGAGCCGGCGCCCUACACGGACACGACGGGAGCGGCCGGAGGAGGCGGCUGCCGCUUCGGGGAGUCCCCCAGCCAGGAGCAGCGGCUGCAGGCGCAGCGGCUCCGCACCCCCGACCUCCGAGCCCACGCCCAGACACCUCAGAACCGGCCCCACGGGCACCAAUCGCCAGAGCUGCCCGAGGGCUACGAGCAAAGAACAACGGUACAGGGACAGGUUUAUUUUUUGCACACACAGACUGGAGUUAGCACAUGGCAUGACCCAAGGAUACCAAGAGACCUUAACAGUGUGAAUUGUGAUGAACUGGGACCUCUGCCCCCAGGCUGGGAAGUCAGAAGUACAGUUUCAGGAAGAAUAUAUUUUGUAGAUCACAACAACAGAACCACACAAUUCACAGAUCCACGACUACAUCACAUCAUGAACCAUCAAUGCCAGCUGAAAGAGCCCAGCCAGCAGCCUUUGCCAGCUCCAAAUGAGGGAUCCCUGGAAGAGGGGGAGGAGUUGCCUGCACAGAGAUACGAGAGAGACUUGGUACAAAAGCUGAAAGUCCUUAGACAUGAGCUCUCCCUUCAGCAACCUCAGGCUGGGCACUGUCGGAUUGAAGUAUCCAGAGAGGAAAUAUUUGAGGAAUCCUACCGUCAGAUAAUGAAGAUGAGGCCAAAGGACUUGAAAAAGAGGCUCAUGGUGAAAUUCCGAGGAGAGGAAGGCCUGGACUAUGGGGGAGUAGCAAGAGAGUGGUUGUAUUUACUGUGCCAUGAAAUGUUGAAUCCCUAUUAUGGACUCUUCCAGUACUCCACAGAUAAUAUUUACAUGCUGCAAAUCAAUCCAGACUCUUCUAUCAAUCCUGACCAUUUGUCUUAUUUCCACUUUGUGGGGCGGAUAAUGGGUCUGGCUGUGUUCCAUGGACACUACAUCAACGGGGGGUUCACCGUGCCCUUUUACAAGCAGCUCCUGGGGAAGCCCAUCCAGCUCUCCGACCUGGAGUCUGUCGACCCAGAAUUACACAAAAGCUUAGUCUGGAUCUUGGAGAAUGACAUCACCCCUGUCCUGGACCAUACGUUCUGUGUGGAACACAACGCUUUCGGGAGGAUUUUACAGCACGAGCUCAAACCAAAUGGCAGGAAUAUUCCGGUGACAGAAGAGAACAAGAAAGAAUAUGUCAGGUUGUAUGUGAACUGGCGGUUUAUGAGAGGAAUAGAGGCACAGUUCCUGGCUCUGCAGAAAGGUUUUAAUGAACUUAUUCCUCAACAUCUCCUUAAGCCUUUCGACCAGAAGGAACUCGAGCUCAUCAUAGGAGGGCUGGAUAAGAUAGACCUGAACGACUGGAAGUCCAACACCCGCCUAAAGCACUGCAUGGCCGACAGCAACAUCGUGAAGUGGUUCUGGCAGGCGGUGGAAACCUUUGAUGAGGAGAGGAGGGCCAGGCUGCUGCAGUUCGUGACGGGCUCGACGCGUGUCCCACUUCAAGGUUUCAAGGCUUUACAAGGCGCUGCAGGACCCAGACUGUUUACCAUCCAUUUAAUAGAUGCAAACACAGACAACCUUCCAAAAGCCCACACUUGCUUUAACCGGAUCGACAUUCCGCCUUACGAGUCAUAUGAGAAGCUUUAUGAGAAGCUGUUGACAGCUGUGGAAGAGACAUGUGGGUUUGCUGUGGAGUGAAAAAAGCAACCAAAGGAAACAGAUGCUAGCUCAUGGACCACCAAAUCAAAAGCUAGAAGAAGCUUGCUGUGAACUUCCUGCUAAGCUGUCUGAAGCAUCAGAACUCUGACAACUUAGAGAUCGGGCUGUUUCCCUUCCGCCGCUGGUGGAUGAGGGGUGGGGGGUCGGGGCUUUUGUUGGUGGUUCCCAACUCUAUUUUCUCCCCUUUGUUACAAUAACCCCUUCCCUCUUGUUCCACCCCCUACCCCCACCCCCACCCCCAAACGAAAUGCAGCCAAGUUCAGCAUUUGGCUUUGGUUACACAGGAUAUUCUGCUAGAUUUGUAACACAUAUUGUGAUAGGGUGAGCGACCUGUGGGUUUUUUUUUUUAAUAGGAGAAUCAAAGUGUAAUUAGGAAUGAGCUUAAUUUGCUGAGAACUUGCAGCCGGUAGGUGCAUCUGGUUAGUUUGUCUUAAAUCAAACUUGAGCCUUUGUAGAGUCCAGCAGGUGCAGAGUGUCUGACUGGCACCAGAAUUUGCAUUGCACAUUUUAAACACCUGUUGAAAAAGUAAAAAAACUUCUAGCAGAAAAUACCUCCAUAUGAACACUUAACUGAAAGGUAAAGAAAUCCAAGUUCUGCCUUAGCAGGAAGCUCCCAGUGGAAGCUGUGGCUCACCUUGAGAAAAGUGAAGGAAUCUGAGACAGCUUAAAUGGUAUCGAAUGGUGUCUUUUUGGUUGUCCUGGCUGAAAUCUGAUUGUUUUGCACAUGACAACAAUUAAUUUCCUCCUGCAGAAUUACUUUCCAUAGUUCAUUCAGAAGUAAGUAGUUUGCAGAGAAGCCUUGUGAGGAGGAGACAGAGGGUGAAGAUCCGUUCAGCUCCAAAGCUGUGAUUUCUGUGCCACUGUUUUACCCCAGAUGCGUUUGCCUGACUUUUAAAUUCCGAGACUCACAUGGAAAUCACUAAAAGCCGAGUUAACAGAGCAAACUUCUGCUGCAAAUUUUCUGGCCUUGGGAAAGGUUUAUUUGGAGGUUGAGGUGAAAGGGGAACCAUAUAGUGAGUCCAUUUAAAGUGUGGAAAGCUGCUGGAAGAAUUUAUGACUUCAGUUCUGUAGGGAUGAAAAUUUCUCCAGAGAGCCAUAUAAGGCUGUUUUUUCAAAUAUCUGAAACUAAUAUUGAAAGGUUUGUUCUCUUAACACGGGGGAAACAAAAGCAAAUCAAAUACCUGAAUCACUAACAUUUUUCCCCACUUUGCACACUGAGAUGAGACAGUAUUUUAACAAAUAACACGGCUUCAGAGAGACCCACUUAUCUGUCAAACAUGUCUAAACCUAAGUCAAGCAGACUUGCUCGUAUAGGAUUUUUUUUUUCUUUGGCAAGCCUGAUAUUUAGAGAGAUUCAUUACUGAACCAUUUAACAGAUGUUAUGUUUAUGGAAUAGGGCAUUGAAAUUCGGCCGUGGGUAAGAGAUCGUUCUUAGGAGGCGUCUACUGGAAUACUUCUAUUUUGUCUUUUUUUUUUAAUUGAAUUUGAUAAUAGCUUUAAACUGUGAUAGGACAGAAAGUAGACACGUGUCAAAACCCUGGCA